AUGCACGUCUCAUCCAUCCUCGCCGUUUUGGCGCCCGCCACCCUCAUCUCGGCUUACACGGCCAAGCUCAGCAAGCAAUACUGCGAUCAAAAACGCGUCUUGGCCAUACGCUUCAGCGCAAAUCUCGGCACUUGCUACAACACGGAUGGCGCGGCUUCCUACGAAUUCAGCGAUGUUGCAGCCGGCGGCUCGUACAUCUGCGCCGUCUACACCUCGGCCAAUUGCGGGGGCACCACCGCAGCACUGUACGACAUUUACGGCACUAGCUCGCAAUGCGCGAACAGCCCUAUCGGCUGGAUUUACUCCUACAAAUGCUACCUCAAGUGA